AUGGCAGACUACUCUUACAAGUACUACAACAUCACCUUCCCCCAGCAAUAUGUCGCCCACGUCGAGAUCAACCGGGCCGACAAAAUGAAUGCCUUCUUCGAAGCUAUGUGGGUCGAACUAUCCCAAGUCUUCAACCACCUCUCCCAAGAUCCCUCUGUCCGCGCCAUCGUCCUCAGCGGCGCCGGCGAUAAAGCAUUCACGGCCGGACUAGACGUCAAAGCCGCGUCUGAGGGUUUCUUAAUGGACAAGAAGACAGACAACGAUCCCGCCCGCAAAGCCGCCCACCUCCGGCGCCACAUCACCUCGUUCCAGGACUGUAUCAGCGCCGUCGAGCGCUGCGAAAAGCCUGUUAUCGUUGUCAUGCAUGGAUUCUCGCUAGGACUAGCUAUUGACCUGUCUACCGCAGCGGAUGUGCGGGUAUGCGCGCGUAAUGCACGCUUCGCUGUCAAGGAAGUCGACAUCGGUAUUGCAGCGGAUAUCGGAACGCUGAGCCGGUUGCCCAAGGUGGUCGGAAACUUUGGUUGGGUGAAAGAAGUUGCAUUGUCGGCGCGGAUUUUUGGAGCGGACGAGGCUUUGCGCGUGGGCUUCGUUAAUUCCGUGUAUGAUUCGAAACAGGAUGCUGUUCGGGAAGCGGUGGGAAUGGCAACGUUGAUGGCUAGUAAGAGUCCGGUUGCGGUGCAGGGGACGAAGGAGAUUUUGAAUUGGUCGAGGGAUCAUUCUGUGCAAGAUGGACUCCGGUAUACAUCGGUCUGGAACAGCGCUGCUUUACAGACCGAAGACGUAUCUUCAGCACUACUAUCGGGGAUCCAGAAACGGACGCCAACGUUUGAGAAGCUGUGA